AAAAAACAAUAACGACGUAUAUAUAUUACAGCAAAUUUUAAAUAACUACUCGAAGAAAAGAAGGAUCCACACCACACCAGAGAGAAGAAAAAAGGGUUUGAAAGUUCUUCAGUAUUUUCACAACUUAGUACCAUGGCUGCUGAAUCUCCUACUUCUAUUCGUAAAGUCGUUGUUCAUCUCAGAGCCACCGGGGAUGCUCCGAUUCUCAAACAAUCCAAAUUCAAGAUAGCUGGAACUGAUAAAUUUGCUAAAGUGAUAGAGUUUCUUCGCAGACAGCUCCACAGGGAGACAUUGUUUGUAUAUGUCAACAGUGCUUUUUCACCAAACCCCGAUGAACUGGUAGUUGAUUUGUAUAAUAUAACAGACAUUUUAGCCCGUAAGGCAGUUUCAAGUUUCAACAUCAAAAAGUGAAAAAAAAUUUCGGUUUUGAUGGAAAACUGGUUGUCAACUACGCGUGUUCUAUGGCAUGGGGCUAAUACUAAAUAGAGGUUGCUGAUUGAUGUUGAUAAACUCGCUCUACACAUUUCAAAUUGUGAAUACAUCAAACUCAAGACUUCAAUUGCAUACAAUCAAACUACACUAUUUCUUGUGAACUUGAAGGUUCCGCCGACAAGGUAGAAAUGGAACAAAAACUAAGACGGUACUCUUCAUAAUUUGCGGGUUUGAAAUACCUUUUAUUUUAGAAAUAUAUUUACCUAUUGGACUCACCCUUUUAAUUUUAUUCAUUCAUGUCAAUAGUAUUAUGUCAUGGAUGAUGAUAGUGUAGAGGCUCAUGCUUGUUGAAGUGAUAAUCAUUUAUCUAUCCAUCUUGAUCUUGAUGUAUAUAACUUGAGCCAAUAAUUUUAUUGAAGGUAAACCAAACCAUGAAGUCAA